AUGGAAACUACAAUCCAGUAUGACUUUGCGGCUGCUAAGCAUUACGGCGAAACCAAAGCAGCAGCGAUUUUGGGUCAACGAGGAAAGCUAGUUAAUAGAGUCCGCCAACUGACAGGAGCAACCAUCAGCUACAGGCCCGAAGACCACCGGGUCGAUAUUAAUGGGUCGCCGAGGGUUGUCGGGGCGGCGGCCCAGCUGCUGGAGAGGACGCUAGAGCACUAUCAGUACUCAGGUCUUCAGUUCACGCGCAAGCAAAUCAACAACGUACUAAGCCCCGAACUCAGCGAAGCACCCGCUUUGCAACUUAGGCCGUACAGCCGCCCCAUCACCACCGUGUUCGGCCAGAUGGACGGCUUCGUGAUCUGUCCCGUCCAAGAUGACAGCGCCACCGCCGCGGCCGCCGCCGCCGACGGCGUCGGCGGCAGCGCCAAAAGCAAAACCUCCCGGACUUCCUUUGGUGCCAUUGGCGGCGACGGCGACGGCGACGCCGCCGCCGCGGCAGCUGCAGCGCCGCCGUCGACGCGGUUGCUACAACUCGCCAGCGGCACGGACGCGUGCUUGCAGCAGCUGCUGGAUCUGGCCGCGGAGAUCUCCGUACAGCAUCCCGCAGACUGUGAUUGUACGGAGAUUCGGUUGUACCUGGGCAAGCUGGUGCUGACGGAUGUGGUUUCCAGUGCCCGGGUUCUGACACCGGAGGCCCUCAGCGGCUGGAGCUUCCAACGGAACGCUAGGACAGUGUUUGAGACGUCAUUGCCGCAGGAAACUAUUCGCUCGUUGGACAGGUACCUGGCAUCUCGAGGCCUCACCCCGACCCAUCAAUCCAAAUCCGCAUCCCUCCAUCUGGAAUCUUCCAUAAACUGGAUCCAGUACCACCCCACAUUCGCAAUCGGACCCGGAGGACAGCUGAGGCUGUCCAAGUUGGAGACCUUGGGCUGCAAACCGAUGACAGUGGCGCUCGUUGGGCCGCCAGAUCGUACGGAUGUACGGCUUCGGUACGUCGCGUCCGUACAGCACGGCGAGGACGACCCCGUUGCAGCGGAGCUGCGGCGACGGCAGGCGGAGUUUUCGUUGGUGAAUAACGUCCAGGUGUCGGUGGCGGCAGUGGUGGACAACCUCGGGGGUAAGCGACUUGAGGUCACCGUGUCGUGCCCCGAACUCAAUGCGACGUUGAUGGAGAUGCACCGAAACCGCCGAGAGGCUCCGGGCGCGCGGGAGCUGCUGGCGGCGCAGCUCAAGUCGCUGCUGGGGCACAUCGAGGACCUUCGGAGGAAUGUGGAGUUCGAGCCCUGAUGGCAUUGGUGGGGAUGGCGAUGACGACGUUGGUGGCGACGAGGAUGGGGAUGAUUAUAGCGAUGUAUGAUGGCAGGGGGAGGUGAUGGUGAUGGCGAGGAAGGGAGAGAGAGUGUGUGUAUGUAUGUGUAUGUGUGUAUAGCCAGGCUAGUGAAAGGGGUGAUAAUGGUUGUGGUGGUUGAGAUGGCGGUUGUAAUGGCGGUUGUGGUGGUUAUUAUCAGGGAGGAAAGCUUCCGGGUCUUAGUAGGGCAGCAUCAGCAGCAGCAGCAGAAGGACCGGCACCGGCAGCAGGUGGCAUCUGGGCAUGUGGGAUAGCUGCAAGGGGCUUGCUGGCGGUGUUCGGUGGUGUGGUGGACUUUCUUACCUACCUAGUGAGUGAUUAGCGGCGCCGCAGUGUGUGAGCGUGUUUGUGCGCGUUAGCGCUGGAUAAUCGAUAGAGAGGGGGCCUUAUGCCUUGAAUAGCUCUCAAACUUGGCGAGCUGGACGAUGAUGAUGAGGAGGAGGAGGAGGGGGAGGAGGGUGAUGGUGAUGAGCAGAGGGAGCGCCUCCACCCUACUCCACUCUUGAAGUGGACGGCGUACGAUCGUAUCCCGCUGCCAAUUAUUUCAGCAGCAGCAGCAGCAGUAGCACAAGGAAUUUGGUCUUGGGGCGUGGCAGCAGCAGUGCCAUCAGCACCACCGGUAACACGGCAGCGGUAUACUUGGCUGGCACCGUCUGUAUGUAUGUUGUUACAGGGUGAUAUAGCUUCACCAGCGGCCCCCUUUCCUGAGGCAGUUCCCUGCUCUCCCCUGCUAGAGGGGCACCCUAUUCCAGUUCGUUUUUACACUCUUAUUAUUUACUCGCAUCCGACUUCAGGAUGUAUUCGUUACGUUCAGCAACUCACCGCCAGC